AUGGCUGCUGCUGCUGCUGCUGCCACAACACACCAACACCGCCAUCAGCUCCAAACUCACCCGCCAUCCCCCCAGGCAACACGGCGCAGACACAAGAAGAAACCAGACCCAUUCGAGCAACUCGCAACAACCCCGAUCCCCUCUCCCCCCUCCUCUCCGGCCUCCGCGCUGCACGACAGCAACGAGCCUCUUCUAGCACGGAUUAUCCUAACCCCCAUCUUCUUCACUUCCUUCCUCCUAUCGCUCUUCCUGGUAAACUAUCGCAAUCGCGCCCGCCGCACCCACGCUCAUGCAUCAUCAUCAUCCUCAUCCUCAUCGUCGACUUCUUACCCUUAUUCUUCUUCUGCCUCGUCACUUCUAGCCUACCUGGUCCCGUCACGAUGGCUCCAUCCCGAACCUUAUCAAGACCCGGAUGAUUCGACCUGGGGCCGCAGGGACACGGCGCUACACGUCGAGCCGCAUGAUGCUAUUUCGCCGAAACAACAAGAUGCGCAGGCCGGGUUUGUGAGGAUGGGUACAAAGAAGAAUCAGAAGAAUAACAACAACAACAACAAGAAGACGUCGUGGCAUUUGCAUAAGAAGAUUUGCAAAGUGGCCAAAAUGGAGAUUGGCGAUGCGCUCGAGAUGCGGGGCCGCAUGAUUGCGGCCAUGGCUGCUUUCGCCCUUGUGGCUGGGGUCGCUGGCUGGAUGGGUCUAAGGUGGUGCUUUGUAUCCUUGUCGCACGCCUGGUCUGCGGCGCAGGGACAACACCAUGGCAUUGCGACGACGACAUAA